AUGUGGUUCAUCGCAGUGCAGAAGGAGCCCUCGUGGGAGCAGGACCGCUUCCUUCACGAGUACCAAAAGGUGCAUGUGGACUUGGCCCGCGAGGGCCACAAGCACACCAAGUUGCCCCUGAACUACGUGCAGGUAGGCGCCCGGAAGCUUCCGGACGAGGCCAACUCGACCGACGCGUGGGACUUCGUGACGUGCCUGUACUGGCCGAGCACGUUCGUCGUCUGGAAGGGGUUCCAGAGCCCCGCGUACCAGGAGACAGCUGGCAAGCACGUCUUCUGCCGGCUGUAUCAGAAGGGCGUGCUGGCGAGGAAGGUGGGCGAGGUGGGCGCCGUGACGGAGAGGUUUGUUGGAGAUGCGAUGAUGGAGGUCGAGGACAUAUACCAAGAGUACGAUCAUUUCAACGAAGAAGCCAACUACUGGGAUGACAAGGUGGACAAUGCUUUCUCCUGGAAGAACGCCUUGGAGCGAUUCAGGAUGAUCGUGGUCCUGCAGAAAUUGCAUGAAGUGGUCUUGACCAAGCGCCGGGAGCCUCAAGAAGUCCGUCAGGAAAUCAACACAAGGACCCGAAGCAUCUUCAAAGACUACGACACCCUCAAUCAAAUCCUGGCCCGACAUGAAGCCACCAUCCAAAAGCGUUGGAUGAAGAAGACCCGCACACAAAGACUCAAGUUCCUGCUUCACGCCUGGCCCGACAUGGCUGCAGUCCAUCGCCCCGACUUCCACGCCUUUCGAACAGAAGCGAUCGAAGAGCGGAAGACGCAAACGAGAUUUCGCGACCACUACAUAUGGCCAUACAUCAAUCAAGAGGAUCUCUGCAAGCCGAAGCUGAUGCUACUGCUUCUCAACUCCAGGGGCCGAAAUCUUCCAGGCCAGUUUGCCGCCGGCGAUAUAGAUGCGAUGCAUCUGGGCAGGAAAUUGGAGGCUUUGAAACCUGACUUCCUGCGUGAAUACAUCAUGAUCAUGGAUGGUGCCCUCGGUGAAAAUGAGUACGGAAGCCUCGUGCCCCGUGACUAUCAAUCCGAUUGGAUGGAUGGGGACCAGAAACAGAUCAGUCCUGGAGAAGGUCUGCUCAUCCUCGAAGCACAAGAGAAGCUGUUAGCUUUCCUUGUCGACUGCUGUCAUCAAAUUCUCCAUGAUCUCACGGAGACAGAAAUACUCAGCGACCGGUUUCCAGUUUUGAGUGAACCCUGUCUCAGGAUGGACACCGAAGUCAACGGUUUCGAUUCACUCGCCAUAAUUGCCGCCGAGGCACCCUAUCGAGUGCCUGCGAAGCUCGACUUUGAUCGACUCAUAUCACUUCUCUCAGCCAGAGCAUCAGCCGCCGAGGACCACAUGUGGGCAUUGCGCGAGGACCCUGGUUACUUCUCUGAGCAUGUUCAUGACAUGAAAGAGCACGAUCCAGAAAUCAUCAAGGAUUUCCAUGGUCACACUCCUUUUGACGACCACAAGGAGUCGCAGCAAUUCUGGGGGAGAGCGGUUAUGACACUCCUAUUCGAGGCCUACAAACACUACGAGAUGUAUUCGCAGCUCCACCAAGAGUCCCGGCAAUUGCAGUCGCUUCAGGAUAAAUAUGCAUCGCGUAUUUGUCCAGACAAAGAUCUGCCCGAGGAAUAUCAGCGUGCGAUGCUGAAUUUCCACUUCCAUCUGAACGAGGCGGCGUGGGGAGCUUGCUAUCACUCUUCGGAAAAGGGUCUUUGGAUCAUCCCACGGCCGGGAAAGAAGAUAGACAAGAUUGGCGGUCAGCUUAUGCUGCUGCUAAAGACACUGUGGGAGUCGGGAAAACCGCUGGAAGCACUACGAUGGACGCUGAUGACGGACGAGCUUGAGAGACUUGUAGAGUCGGAGCCUCGUGCGAAAGAGUUGUUAUCUCCAUACAUUGCCUGUUGUGUGGGUGAGCUUUCGAUCAUCUCUCAGUGCAUGCGCCAGCUUGAACUGUAUCAGCCAUGGGCAAGGGGCUUCAGUCAAAAGAUGCGCGUGCACAAGAACCAGAUCGAUGAGGAUUUUGACGAGCAGAGUCGCGCCUGGCAAAAGAUUGGCAAAGCUUUCUACUCCAAAACCAUGCGCGAAGUGUUGAGUCAUGGGAUGCCAACGAGGGGCAAGUUCACCUAUCCCAUUGAGAAGCGCCGCACGAAAGAGAGAGUCGAAACCCUCCGACGAGCUGAGUCGAACCUGGAUAGCUUUUGGGCUCGAUUCGAUGAAGAGAUGUCUCUCAAGGCAGGAAACAUAGAGACCACAGCUCUGCAUCGACUGCUUACACAACCCCGAGCACUCCAGCGAACAUCUGAGUGGGUUGACGAACGGCCAAUGCAGAUGCGCUCGGCCAGUUCUGGCCAUCCUCGCCAGCAAGAUGAUUACCACGCCAUGGCGGCCAUGUCAUUUUCUGCAAUUCAUGUUGAACAACCCAGCCAUGGAUCGUCUCAUCCUAAUGGGAACAGUUCUCUGCCGCGGAAGUCGAAGUUGAAGACCAGGAAAGCCGCCUCGGCUGGCAUUCCUGAGGUUCAUACCACAGACCAAUCAUCAGUCGACGCAGAUUCUCAGACACAAGUGGAAGUGGACCAGCGCACCUAUAAAGUCUUUCGCACGCUAUUCUUCAAUGCGGAAUCCACUUCGAUGCCGGCAGAGAUCCAAUGGAUCGAUUUCCUCCGGGCCAUGGCUGCUAUGGGUUUCAGUGUUGAGAAGCUUUAUGGUUCGGUCUGGAUCUUUUGCCCGGCGACGAAUAGCCUAGGUCAAAGCAUUCAAUUCCACGAACCUCAUCCACGAAGCAAACUGCCUUUCACCACCGCCAGAAGAUAUGGCCGCAGGCUGAAUCGGGCAUUUGGCUGGACUGGCGGCAUGUUCAUCCCCAAGAAGAAGUGA